CGCAUAACAAACAAAUUUGAAAAUUGGCAUGAAAAAGCCGGUGCGUGCAGUUCGGUCAGAAGAUGUUGCAGGCAGUUUGGAACAACAAAUCACAAUAGAAUUGCUGUCUUCGACCUUGUCAAAAGCUUAAAUAAUUCGGUGACCUAAUUAUUUAUGCCUAUCUUGUGAUAUUUUUCUCCAAUCAUGCCUGAACGAAUUACCUCUUGUCCUGGUGGAUUACCUUUACCAGGUGAAAGUCCUACUCCUCAACAACGAAGGGCGCCAAAUAUUAGCUCCCUCUUUCGCUCACAGUCUAUUCAUUCAUUACCACCAUCAGAAGUGGAAGAGUCACGAAGAAGCAACUCAAAACUUGGAAGCAGCAGAAAAUUGUCAUCUGACAGAACUCCUGUCACUCAUUUUUGUACCCCUAAAAGAAGAAGCAGUUCUCAAAAUAUGGUGACCAGAAGUAGCACAGGCACUGCUCGCCGAGUCCUUGACUCUUCUCACCUAAAUUCAAGAGCUUCAACUCCUCUUGCCACACCACUUCAGAGACAUCGUAGUGAAGCUAGCUUGCUACCUCCACCUUUGACUCCCAAUGGUCAUAUUCCAACACCAGCCCAACUGGCAACACCUGAAUGCUAUAGCCGUGUACGGCUCGAUACUCCUACACCCCGAAGACGCCCUGGCAAUGAUGUGUCAGGGAUUGGUGAGGAAUCUAGCCUUACUGUUGGUGUCAGAGUAAGACCCCUUAAUCAAAAGGAGGAGAAUGAUUCUUCUGUUAUAAGUGUUGUCUAUGUUGCCGCAAAUGAAGUACAAGUAACAUGUGAUGCGGGUGCAGGAACUACUCACAGAUUCAGUUAUGACCAUUGCUUUGCAUCAGAUCCACUCUCAGCCAGUUAUGCAUCCCAAGCAACAAUAUUUAAUUCAAUGGUACAACCUCUUAUUGACAAGGCUUUUCAAGGAUAUAAUGCAUGCCUCUUUGCCUAUGGCCAAACAGGCUCUGGCAAAAGUUACAGCAUGAUGGGCCAUGACACCGAUUGUGUGAAUGGAACUAUGAGCUAUGAUGCUGGUAUUAUUCCUAGAUUUUGUCAUGAGGUGUUUGAGCGAAUAUUGUCUUCAGACAAUUCCCGAGUAACAAUUACAGCAGAAAUAAGCUACUUUGAAAUUUACAAUGAGAAAAUUCAUGACUUACUGGGUGGAGCCACUAUCGGAUCAUCAGCUGGAAUGUCUGCUUCUGAUCCAAAUGGUAGGCGACCCCCUUUGAAAGUUCGUGAGCAUCCACAAGAUGGUCCCUAUGUUGUUGACCUGUCAGUUCAUGGUGUGGAAUCAUACAGCGACAUUCAGGGAUGGCUUGCUGUUGGAAAUAGUCAGAGAGCUACUGCAGCAACUGGUAUGAAUGAGAAAAGUUCCCGGUCUCAUUCUAUAUUCAGUGUCAUCUUGACACAAACUCACCCUCAUGGUGAUGUUGAACUGAGUCGUCGUAGCAAAAUCAACCUUGUUGACUUGGCUGGUAGUGAGAGGGUCUCUCAGACUUGUGCUAGUGGUGACAGACUAAGGGAAGGGGUCAGUAUUAAUAGAUCCCUGCUUACGCUUGGCAAAGUCAUUGCUGCCCUUGCCGAAAACGCUGGAGGUCGGCGUCGAGGAUUUGUACCUUAUCGAGAUUCCGUGCUCACCUGGCUUUUGAGGGAGAGCCUUGGCGGCAACUCCAGCACCACGAUGCUGGCCACGGUCAGCCCCUGCAGCACUCACCUCGAGGAGACCCUGGCGACGCUGCGCUACGCGUGCCAGGCCAGGACCAUCGUGAACCGGGUGCACGUCAACGAGGACCCCAGCCACCGCCGCAUCCGACAAUUGCUGGCGGAGAUCGCCGCGCUGCGCGAGGUGCACGAGGACCUGGAGCGCCAGCAGCGCCUGGCGACCCCGCUGAGCCGCCGCACCCAGUCGCCCGCCGCGACCACCACGCCCACGGCGCAGCAGGACGUGCAGGAGCUCCGGGAGAAGCUCAGGCAGACCGAGGAGCAGCUCGCCAUGGCGCAGAAGUCGUGGACGGAGCGUCUCCGCGAGGCCGAGCGCUGCAAGAGCGCCGAGGUGAACCUGCUGCGGCGCCGCGGCGUCGCCCUCGCCCUGGACGGGCAGCAGCUGCGCGAGCAGCCGUGCCCCUUCCUCGUCAACCUGACGCCGGACCCCAGCCUGUCUGGCGCCCUGCUCUACCUGCUGCCCCCGGGCCCGGUGCGCGUCGGCCGCCUGGACCCCGCGGGCCGGGUCGCGAGCACCCCCGGCAGCCCCGCGCCCGGCCGCAGCCCCACGCCCAGCAGCGCCGGCGCCAGCCCCGCGCUCGGCCGCAGCCCCGCCAAGACGCCCAGCAGGUCGCCGACGCAGCCGCCCCACAUCCAGCUGGAGGGCCCCCUCGUGCAGAAGCACCACUGCACGAUCGAGAAUCGCCAGGGGCGCCUGACACUGGAACCGGGUCGUGAAGGACUGACGUUUGUCAACGGGAGAGCCGUCACUGGACGCACGGUUUUGCACAAUGGUGACCGUCUUGUGCUGGGAGGCAAUCACUACUUUAGGGUCAGUAAUCCUCAUGAGAAGUCAAAUAGCAAUGAGCCACCAGCAGACUUUGAUUUUGCACACAAUGAGAUUCUUGCCGUUCAAGAAGCCAGAUUGAAAGCAGAAUUAGAAGAAGCAAAAUUCAAAGCCAUGAAAGAAUUGGAAGAAGCGAAGCGUGAAGCAGAAUCUCGUUUAAUGAUGCAACGGUCAGAUUAUGAACAACAGUUGCAUCAACUAGGACAAACACUGGAGCAACAAAGGGAUGCUUUGUUUAAUGAGCGCAAAGAGAAGCAGCAAUUGGAAGUUCAGAAAACUGCUUUGGAGGCAGAAAUGAACAGACAGUUAAAUUCUGUGAGGUCUGCCUCUCCACCACCUGUAGAAGUAACUCCCCACCGAAGUAGAUUCAUUGAGGAUUUGGAAGCGCUUUUGAACUCUUCUAUGCAUGCCUUGGAAAAUGAUACUACUUGUACAUCUCCUGGUACCUCUAUGAGCUUUAAUGAAAGGUAUCCGUAUAGCUCUACAAGUUUGCACGAGAUGCAAAUGCAAGUGAGAGAGGCCUCUCAGAGGUGUAAAGAACUUGGUAUACCAUUUGAUUUCCAACAGCAGCAUGUUGUUCGUGAAUCUGGUCUUGAACCAGUUGUUCGUGUUCGUGAUAGCUCUCAGAGAAUGUCUGUGUUGUGGACUCCUCCCACAUUCUAUGCUUGGUUAAAUCGCUUGCGGGAUUGGGACCCUGAGGACAGCAUUGCAGGGCUGAUAUCAGGCAUUGGGGAAGGUGCUGAAGAAAUAUGGGAAGCUGAUGAUAGUGAUGAGUUGACAACAGAUGAUAUUGAUGGAAGCAUUUCAGUCAACACAUUGCCCAUCCGCCGCAAGCUGAAUGAAAGCUUCCAGCAGUCCCUGGUGGAGUCUCCUCUUGGUUCGUGUAAAAGUCCAGCUCAUGAUUCUCCAGUAAUCAAGCAAUGUAUAGCAGAAAUUGAAAGAGCUACAAAAAGACUUCGUCACAUCUUCAAAGAGGGAUCUAGUGCUCGCAGUCCUCUGAAGUAUGUCAGCAAUUUGGAAGAGGCUCUUAUUCAACUAAAAAGUAGUUUACCAGGAGAUGCACCUCUUUCAUCAAAAUCACCCUAUAGCAAUAGCACUCCUCAAAGUAGCAAAUCUGUUAGAUUUAUUCCUGGUCUUGUGAAAACAUGACUUCUUGCAAUGCUGCAUAGUGUUCUUAAGGAUAAAACAGAUUCUGGAUUUUCACCCUUAAAUAAUUUUGAGAGUAGUGUAAAUAUUGUAAAUUUUGUAUAUAACAAGUGUGGAAGAACAAAAUCUGUUACACUAUGUAGCAUUGCUGUUGUAAUGUACUUGCUUUUUGCUUGUAAAAAGUAGAUACUGACACCUGCCUGUUGUUUUUACCAUAAGAAUUUAGCCAUGCUAUUUGAUUUUUGCUGAUAACAUUCUUGCCACAUUUGUGUGUUUUCUGUAAUUUAAGGACAAUUCAUUUAUGAGAAUAUUUUGUUUGUAAUUCUCUCUUUUUCUAGUUGUAUUGUUUGUUUUGAUCCACCAUUCUACCCCUUGAUGGGGUAAUAUUUAUAGUUUUUAUACACUAAGUAUUAUUUUAACAUAUAUUCAAAUGAGCAGUGUACUAGUCUUAAUAUUUACUUACCUCUUUUUCUGACUAGAUACUAAACAAUUAUAGUUCUGUUUUAUAAUUUUCCCCCCACACUGCUGUUUUGAGCUAUAUCUAUUGACUUAUUGCGUUGAAUUGUUUUACUCAUUGAUUUUGGUAAUAAAAUACUUAAAAUAUUA